AAUUCGAGCUUUUUAGCUCGGAGCCGCUUCUUCUUCAUCUUCUUCCUCCUCUCAAAAACCUAACUUCUUCUCCGAUGGGUGGAAAUAAGCAGAAAUGGUACUCUUUCCACCAAAGAUCCUCAUCCGCCUCCACUACAACUUUACCACAGCACAAACACGACGAGACUCCACCGGAGUUUCUUUGCCCCAUCACCGGAUUCCUCAUGUCGGAUCCUGUAGUCGUCUCUUCCGGUCAAACCUUCGAGCGUCUCUCCGUUCAAGUCUGUCGUAACUUAGGGUAUAUACCGGAUCUCCUAGACGGUACCCGACCCGAUCUCUCCACCGUCAUCCCCAAUCUCGCAAUGAAAUCCACCAUUUUCAGUUGGUGUGAUCGGCAAAAAGUCGACCAUCCUCGUCCUCCUGAUUCCGCUUACGUCGAAGGCGUGGUUCGUGCUCGAAUGGAUAAAGAUCCGAAUCCGAGUCCGAGUCCGAGUCAAAGUCCGGGUCUGGAUACUACGACUCCGGAGCCUGAGAUUCUCCCUCCUGUAGAAGAGGAUUCACCUUCGGAUUACGAUGCUGUGAUGGAAGCGAUUCGAGCUCGAUCGAAGAAUUCAAUGUCGCCGACGACGUCUCUUGAAUCGGUGACGAUUGGUCAGAGUCCAUAUCACCCGGUUCGAGCCGUUAGUAUGUUCUCUUCUUCAACUACUUCUUCUUCCUCUGGAGUUUUCGCUGGAGCUGAUAGUCCAUUUCGAAACGCUAUGUCUUUCUCUUCUUCCGAUCACUCUUCCUCUCCGAUGUCACCGGAAGAAGAAGAGAUCUUCAAUAAAUUGAGAGGUACCGACAUUUUCGACCACGAGCAAGGUUUGAUUCUUCUUAGGAAGAUGACGAGAUCUGGUGAGGAUCUUAGGGUUUCGCUUUGUACAGAUCGGAUUCUCUCUUUUCUCCGAACGCUGCUUGUUUCACGGUACAAUAUUGUUCAGACUAACGCUGCCGCUUCGUUGGUUAAUCUCUCGUUGGAGAAACAGAACAAAGUUAAGAUCGUACGGUCAGGAUUUGUUCCUUUGUUGAUCGAUGUUUUGAAAUCGGGAACGACGGAGGCGCAGGAACAUGUCGCCGGAGCUUUGUUUAGUUUGGCGUUGGAAGAUGAGAACAAAAUGGUGAUCGGAGUUCUCGGUGCGGUUGAGCCGCUUCUUCAUGCGCUUCGUUCGUCGGAGAGCGAAAGAGCGCGUCAAGACGCAGCUCUUGCGCUUUAUCAUUUGUCGCUGAUUCCGAGUAAUCGAACUAGGCUGGUUAGAGCUGGUGCGGUGCCAACUCUGCUUUCGAUGGUAAGAUCCGGCGAUUCGACUAGCCGGAUUUUGCUAGUACUUUGUAACCUCGCGGCUUGUCCUGACGGAAAAGGCGCGAUGCUAGACGGAAAUGCGGUGGCGAUUCUGGUAGGGAAGCUUAGAGAAGUCGGAGGUGGUGAUUCCGAGGCGGCGCGUGAGAACUGUGUGGCGGUUCUGUUGACGUUGUGUCAAGGGAAUUUGAGGUUUAGGGGGUUGGCGAGCGAGGCUGGAGCGGAGGAAGUGUUGAUGGAAGUGGAAAAGAAUGGGAAUGAACGGGUGAAGGAGAAGGCGUCAAAGAUUCUGCAGGCAAUGAGAGGAGGAGGCGGAGGAGAGAGUGAGUAUGGGGAAAAUGCGGAGGCGCGUGAGUGGAACCGUAUGCUUGAAGCGACUGGGCUAAGCCGGACUCAGUUUCAAGGAGGGCAAAAUGGGGGUUUUGCUUAUUCCUCCCAGUUCUAGCUUUUUUUUUUUUGGUAUCUGAAUGAUCUUACCUUUUCUGGUAAAAUGUUUUCUUAUUUUACCUUUUUCUGUUUGAUAUAAAUGGGUGUAAAUUAU